AUGAAACCUACACUAUUUACCCUCUCCUUCCUCCUCUUUGCCUUCAUAUCAAAGCUUCCAUUAGCUUUCUCAGAUGAUGUUGAACAAGUUCUGGACAUAAAUGGAAAUCCCAUUUUUCCAGGUGGAAAAUACUACAUUCUGCCAGCUAUCUUUGGUCCACCUGGUGGUGGAGUAAGACUUGGCAAAACUGGGAACUCAAAGUGCCCAGUUACUGUAUUGCAAGAUUAUUCUGAGGUUAUCAAAGGGUUGCCAGUGAAAUUCAGCAUACCAGGAAUAAGCCCUGGUAUUAUUUUUACAGGCACACCAUUGGAUAUUGCAUUUGAAAAGAAGCCUAAUUGUGCUGAAUCAUCAAAAUGGUUGGUGUUUGUUGAUAAUCAUAUUCAAAAGGCAUGUGUGGGUAUUGGUGGUCCUGAAGACCAUCCAGGAGAACAGACUCUGAGUGGAAAGUUUCACAUUCAGAAAUACAAAAGGGGUUAUAAGCUUGUGUUCUGUGUCUCUGGCUCUCCAACUUGUUUGGAUAUUGGACGUUUUGAUAAUGGUGAAGGUGGAAGACGUCUGAAUCUGACUGAGCAUGAACCCUUUGAAGUUGUGUUUGUAGAUGCUGAUUUCACUGGUGGGAUUAGGACCGUAGUUUGA